AUGCCAAAAUAUGUGUAUAUAAUUGGCGGUGAUGGUACACAGAAAGGAGCAGCUCUUAUUUACAAGGAAGUUGAGAAACGUGGUCUUCAAGUGGCAGUUGCUGGCAUCCCUAAGACAAUUGAUAAUGAUAUUGCUGUGAUAGACAAAUCUUUUGGUUUUGAUACUGCUGUUGAAGAAGCUCAGAGGGCCAUUAAUGCUGCACAUGUAGAGGUCGAAAGUGUUGAAAAUGGAGUUGGAAUUGUCAAACUUAUGGGUAGAUACAGUGGUUUCAUUGCUAUGUAUGCAACUUUGGCAAGUCGAGAUGUGGAUUGUUGCUUGAUUCCAGAAUCUCCAUUCUAUCUAGAAGGCCAGGGUGGACUUUUUGAAUUUAUUGAACAGCGGCUUAAAGAAAACGGGCAUAUGGUAAUUGUGGUGGCAGAAGGAACAGGACAAGAUUAUGUUUCCCAAAGCACACCUGCAGUUGAUGAGAAAGAUGCAUCAGGAAACAGAUUACUCCUUGACAUUGGUCACUGGUUGACUCAAAAGAUUAAGGAUCACUUCACUAAUAUUCAGAAGAUGACAAUAAAUAUGAAAUACAUAGAUCCAACAUACAUGAUACGAGCUAUUCCGAGUAAUGCAUCAGACAACAUCUACUGCACGCUUCUUGCCCAAAGUGCUGUUCAUGGGGCCAUGGCUGGGUUUACAGGCUUCACAGUUGGACCUGUAAACAACAGACAUGCUUAUAUUCCAAUCUCUCAUGUUACUGAGACACAAAAGACAGUUAAGUUGACUGAUAGGAUGUGGGCUAGGCUUCUUGCAUCAACGAAUCAACCUAUUUUCUUGCAUAGCAGUGAUAAGUCGCAAGAUAGUGUUGAUAAUGAGGCUAAUGAAACAAUCGACAAUAUGAAGAUUACUUCUAUUUAGAUUUCACUUGAGUUCAGAUCCAAACAGUUUACUGCAAUUUAGUUCAUCAACAAUGUGAAGAUUAUUUCUAUAUGGAUUUCAUUUGAGUUCAUAUCCAAGCAGGUCAGUAAAAAUUUUUAUUGCCAUUAUCGCAAGCACAUGGCAAGGUGUCUCUUAUUUAGAAGAUAAGUUGUUUGUUGUUUAGGUUCCGUUAUUGCUACAUUUAUUGGCUACAAUUUACGUUGUUUAUUGCAUGUACUUCCGGUUGUAUCUCAUGCCAAAAUAUGUUUAAACAGAAUCAUGCAAGAUAUUCUUAUAUUAAAUGAAUAUCAAAUAAUCCAAUACAAUGUAGAUUACAUUGAUAA